AUGCCAUUUUUCUUCUGGCAUUUAGGCUGUCAGGUGACAGCGUUGGCUGUGACUCAUCUACCGGCCUCUCCUCUCUGCAGGUAUCUGAAGAUCGUCCAUCCUUUAGGAACUCACAUCCUGCAGACGGUGCGAGCUGCCCACAUCAUCGCCACGCUGACCUGGGUUUUCCUCUUGGCCACGACGUGCACCUACGUCAUGUUGUCGCUCCUCACCCAGGAGCCAUUGUCCUCCGUCCCUGACACAGUGAGCUGUGACGUCCUGCACAGCAAACAGCUCAGCCUCUUCUACAGAAUCGUCCACACCUGCUCCGCCGCCAUCUUCCUGCUCGUCCUCAUCUCCCUGGUCUUCUUCUACUACAGCACCUCCCGCAGGCUGUCGCUGGCUCAGCAGAAGCAGCUGGCGUCCUCCGGCUCCAAGACUCUCACCAAGUCCCGCAGGAACAUGCUGGUGCUGGUGAGCCUGUUCUGCAUUUGCUUCGUCCCGUACCACCUGGUGCGCCUUCCCUACGCCUUCAUGAGGAAGCGGUGUUCGUGGGGUCAGGCGUUCUACUACUUGAAGGAACUGACCAUCAUGGUGUCGGUGCUCAACGUCUGCCUGGACCCGCUCAUCUAUUUCAUCUUCUGCAAGGCCUUCAGGGCGCAGCUGAGCUCAAGGAGGCUGUUCAGCACCACGCCGGCCGCAACGCAAGAAGCUGAGCGGAGGAGCAGCGACGGGCGGACGAGCACGCUCAAAAUCAACUGGAAGACGUCGCUCACCAUGACGACAAAGCAGAGCGGCGUGCUCUAGCUUUAAGGACACUUUAGACUUGUGUUGGUGAUCCAACAACAAACACAUCACAAUUGCAAAUAUGUGCAAAGACUGACAUCCGAGGUUUUCCAACAAAGAAAUACAUGAAAAUAUAUAUCUAAUUUUCUGUACUGUUUUUGUUUGUUUUAGUUUUUAGGUUUUCCCU